AUGGCGAUUUUCGGGCCACAAACAUCCAUUCAAGCAGAUUUUGUGAAAGACAUUGGUGACAAAGUGAAAGUCCCAAUAAUCUCACCAGCAACGAGUCCGUCUCUUUCGCCUCGAGAAUCUCCCUACUUCAUCAGAUCAUCAUGGAGUUCUGCUUCUCAAGGCAAAGCAAUUGCAGCAAUUGUCAAGAAUUUUGGUUGGAGGGAAGUUGUCUUAGUGAUGAUUGGAUUAUUGCCAUUUCUAAGUGAUGAUUUGUUACAAAGCAAUGCUCUUGUCUCAAACAUGACAUCAAUCUCCCCUUCUGCUGAGAAUGAUGACAUUCUUGAAAGACUGUUCGAGCUGAAGAAGAUGCAAAAAAGGGCGUUUGUCGUCCACAUGCUCCCACCUGUCGCGUCGCGUUUCUUCAAGAUGGUGUGGAGAGUUGGGAUGAUGGAGGAAGGGUAUGCUUGGAUCACUGCAGACGCACUAACUAGUUUAGUGGACUCUUUGGAUCUAGAGAUUAUUGAGGCCAUGCAAGGCGUGGUUGGCGUGAAGGCCUAUUCCCCGAGGUCUAGUGAAGUUCAGAACUUCACUAGGCGGUGGAGGAAGAGGCUUCGCCAGGACAAUCCGGGGCUUGGAAGAUCAGAACUGAAUGCUUUUGUUUUGUGGGCUUAUGACAGCAUAGCGGCUCUAGUAGAAUCUGUGGAGCGUGUAGGCGUGGAUGCAUCUCCGAGAUUCAAGAAAUCGGCUCUUGGAACAGAUUUGGAAGCAAUUGGAAUCUCAAGUAGUGGUCCAAGACUUGCUCCUUUGCUCAGAAACUUCAGUUUCAAAGGGUUGACUGGGGAUUUCAUGAUCAAGAAUGGUGAAUUGCAGGCUUCUGUGUUUGAGAUCAUGAAUGUAGUAGGCAAGGGAGAAAACACUGUGGGAUUCCGGAGGAAAAGCCAAGGGAUUUCCAAGAGACUGAAGAAGGGAUUUAGAAUUGGAAUUAGAGAAAAGUUUUUCAAUAUUUGGGGGAAAAAAGCUCACAAGAUUUGUGAAGCUGGACCCUUGAGGGAAAAUGGCAAAAGGGUUGUGAUAUUUAUAUGA